GCGUAGAUACGCGCUACAGCCUGGGUGAUGACGUCACGGGUGCAGGAAUGGCGGCGCCGUCUGUCUGUGUGAGGGAGGGAGUCUGGAGAGCCUGAAAACUUUACUCCACAGCACAGCGCACCUUCUGCGGAUUGAACACGCCGCAUCGUUUCGGUCGCCGAGGACACGAAGACAGAUUUAAAAAGGCACCGAGAGCUCCCACCGUGUCAUAAAGUGAAGUACGGCCACGGAUAUAAGCUCGCUUAGCUUGCUAACUGAACACUUGUAACUUUACCUGCGUUAGCAACCAAGCUAACAUUACAGCUUUAGCUGCACAAGUAUAACGUUUGAUUUGUUUUAUCAUUUCACACAGCAAUCUGAGAGGAAACGAGGUAGCUUAGGGACACACUCGAGCCUUAGCUAGUCGCUUUAUAGACGCUAGCAGUCUGGGAUAUUUAUUGCUGUCUAGCCAGCUAAGCGUUAGCUUUGUCGCUAAUAACUUAGCCUAUAUGCCACAAUGGAGAGUUUAACGCUGAGCGACGUCGAGCAGAAAUACUACUCGGAUUUGUUUGUGUACUGCGACGUGGACAACACGAAAAAAGUGGCCUCCAACGGCAAGGUUCUGGAGCUGUUCCGGGCGGCCCAGCUCUCCAACGACGUGGUGCUGCAGAUCACUGAACUGUGUGGCGCGACCCGUCUUGGCCACUUCGGGAGGAGUCAGUUCUACAUUGCAUUGAAGCUUAUAGCAAUAGCCCAGUCUGGACUGCCGCUUCGUGUCGAGAGCCUGAACAGUGUCAAAGACUUGCCCCUUCCUCGCUUUGUGGUGGGAAAGAAUGAGCAGGAGGCCAGACACGCAUCGGUAUACCCAGACACAGAGAACCAGGGGCCGUAUUCCAGCGUGAUCCCCAGACCACCAGGUCGAGUCCCAACCAAAAAAGUGUCCACGCAUGAAGUGAUCCAACCCUGUGCUCCCCCUGUUGAACCCCAGCCAGAAGCCACGUCUCCUGUAGUGUCCCCUCACCAGUCUCCGCCCACUUCACCUCCUGCCUGGAGGAAGCACAAGCGCCAACCAAGCGGAGGCACCGUGGACCGACAGGCCGCGGUGGCAGGAGCCGUUUGGCCACCAUUCAGAGAAGCACAAUCUGGUCCAGUAGCAGGCGAUGGGAUGUGGUCUGCCCAUUCUCCUCCUCCCGUUCAGGAAAACUGGGUCAGUUUCACAGACACACCUCCCUCCAGCACACUUCCAGCAAUGCAUCCCUCUUCUGCUCAGGAGAGCACAACAGUACGGACAGUGACAUCUGCUGCUACUACAAACGAGAUCCAAAGACAGGCCAGUGGUUAUGACGACCCCUGGAAAAUCACAGAUGAGCAAAGACAGUAUUACAUUAAUCAGUUUAAAACUAUCCAACCUGAUCUGACAGGUUUUAUCCCUGGCUCUGCCGCAAAGGAGUUUUUUACUAAGUCAAAGCUGCCUAUUUUAGAGUUGUCUCACAUUUGGGAGUUAUCAGAUUUCGAUAAAGACGGUGCACUGACCCUGGACGAGUUCUGUGCAGCAUUUCAUCUUGUGGUUGCUAGAAAGAACGGUUAUGACCUUCCAGAGAAGCUUCCAGAGAGCUUAAUGCCAAAGCUUAUUGACCUGGACGACUCAGCAGGAGUCCCAGAUUCUGCACCUGAAGUGGGCUUCUCUGGUUCCCCAGUGGAGGUGACGCCUAAUAAAUCUCCUUCCAUGCCUUCCUUAAACCAGAACUGGCCCGAGCUCAACCAGAGCAACGAGCAGUGGGAGACUUUUAGCGAACGCUCUUCAAGCUCACAAACUCUGACCCAAUUUGAUUCUAACAUUGCACCAGCUGACCCUGAUACGGCUAUCGUGCAUCCUGUACCCAUCCGUAUGACACCUAGCAAGAUACACAUGCAGGAGAUGGAGCUGAAGAGAACUGGAAGUGACCACACACAUCCAACAAGUCCUCUAAUCGCUAAACCUUCCGAACUCUCGGAGGACAAAAAGCUAGCAGCAAUUAAAUUCCCUGGUAGUGCUGUAGGUGAUGGCUAUAGCAGCUCUGAUUCAUUUACAUCUGAUCAGGAACCCAUUUCAAGUGCUGCAACCAGACAGAGGUCUCACUCUGGAACUUCUCCCGAAGGUCUGAAAGCUGUGGCUCCGCCCCCUCCCCCUCCCCGCCCUCAUGCUUCACACUCACGAUCUUCCUCUCUAGACAUGAACAGGAACUUUGCCACCGUCACCGCAGGGGCUCAGCAGCAGGCAGGAGCGGUGGCCUUUCCUCCUGCCGUGCCUCCUCGGCCACUGGCUACACAGGCGUCAGUGCCGCACGGCCACCGUUCAGUAGAUGGAGAUGGUCUUCCAGCACAUUCCAGUACUUCACCACAGCAGAUUCCUGAACAGCCUAAUUUUGCAGACUUCAGCCAGUUUCAGGCGUUUGCUGUGGAGCAACCUGCAGACGAAGGGGACAAACAGCAGGACAGUGGACAGGUGGAGAAAUGUGCAGACACUGCUGCAGCUUUGAGAUCAGCGAAGAAUGAAACUCAGUCAGAGGAACGACCUGCGGCCACCGUAAACUCUGCCAAAGGAUCUACUCCACUGGCACCUCCUCCCAAACCUGUCCGGCGAAGGCUGAAGUCAGAAGAUGAGCUCAGACCCGAAAUAGACGAGCACCCGCAGAAGUCCAACAUCGUUGCCACUGUUCUCGCCACGCAGCCUUCUAUACCACGAUCUGCUGGGAAGGAUAAAAAGUCAAUCCAAGCUUCCAUUAGAAGAAAUAAAGAGACGAAUACGGUUCUGGCUAGACUCAACAGUGAAUUACAGCAACAGUUAAAGGACUUGCUGGAGGAGAGAAUAUCGUUGGAAGUUCAACUGGAGCAGCUGAGACCUUUUUCCCAUUUGUAAGCAUGUGAAGAAAGAGCCGCGAAGAGCGACGGUAAAGGUUCUACAGAUCCUCCGCGAGGACGCUCAUGUCAGCCCUCUUCCUGCUCCUCAUCUGGCUACGUGAGGAAAGACUUUGCUGCUUCCUCCAUAAUGCUCUCACACCCCAUCCUGCUCUGAUAGAGAGGCUGUCCUCACAGCGAGGAGUAGGAAUAUAUAACAUUUUGGCACUUUGACGAAACAGAGUGCGAGUUAAAUCUAACUGUCCAUCCUCUGCUUAUGCAGCACACGGUUAGCACUGUUACUAUGGGGCGUAUAUGCUCCUGAAUCUCACAGAGGAUGAUGGAGAUGAUUGUCCAGCAGAUCUGGCCUGAUAAUCAUGUGUGCAGGGGAGGACAGAUUUUCUUGUGGGAGGUCAUGCUCUGUUUCAGAAGUACGCUCACGAAUGACUGCUAGACACUCGUUCAUGUUUCUUCUAAACUCCCUAAAAUAACAUUGGACAACACGUGUGUGCGUGUGUGUGUGUGUGUGUGUGUGUGAGAGAGAGAGAGUGUGAGUGAGUGAUGGUUAAAAAUAUAUUGCAUAAUACUAGAGUUUCUCAGCUCUCGUCCUGAAGGUCAUUGGUCUGCACAUCCAUCUCACUUGAUCGGCGCAUGAUGAUGAGAAGAAGAAGGAGGAGCACAGGGUGAAAUGACACCCAGGAGUAGAGUUGAGAAACACAGGCAUAAUGCAUCAAAGAUCACUCUUCUUUUAACAUCUGUGGUAUAACAAUGUUUUUUCUACCUUGUACAGUCAUUGGCCCUGUAUAACAGAUCUUUUCUUUCUUGAAUCCCACACUCAUCAGUGCAUUUCCUGUAAGGCACAGACCCUGAGUGAGUCAUGUUUCAGCAUCGUGUUUUCAUGUUCCACCAAUUUAAAAAAAUAAGACCUGAAACUGCACUUACUUCCCCUUGGCUUUCCUUUCUGUUUGUUCGUAUUUUACCUUGUAUCAAUUUUUUGCAUGUUGUUCCUGAUCUUAAAAUCGAACCACUUGAUUUGUAUGUCUAUUAUCUUAACUAGUACUAGAGUUUUACAAUCUUACUCAAAAUUAAUGUCUUAAGUUUUGGUUGGUUAGUUUAUUUGUUUUCCAUUUUCUGUCCACAAAGCCUUACUCCUUUCAUUCAUUUUUUUUUUUUUUUUUUUUUACAUUAUUGCCCCCCCACCCCUGUUGAAUCAAGGUGAGCCUUUUUUCCCCUGCUGUUCAGGUCGAUGUACUGUAUAAGGGGUUUGUUGUAUAUUGUAUGAUACACACCUUUUGGUCGCAUAUGUAAAUUUGCAUUAAUUGCUGACUAAUAGCAAAUAUUCUAUUUAAUUGCUUAUAUUAUGGCUGUGGGAUCAUAGAUGUUUAACUGCAUGGAUGUAUCUCUGCAGAAUGAACUAGCAGCUGUGUGAUUUUUACACAAAAUAAAAAUGGCACAAUAUUUUAAUAA